CGCGAUUUUGAGCCGAUAAUUAUCUUCUGGCGAACCCUUGCUUCUCCGAAAGCUUCCUGGAUGACGGCGGCAGCAACGGCAGCAACGGCGAGACCAACGAAUGAUAACAGGAGUGUAACCGACAUCCGAUUCAUCAAGUCACGACUGUUUCCUUUGCAGAUCGCGGGAAUCCCACCGUUUAUACCCUCUGCUUUCGUCCCGACGACACAAUGGCGAGCAAGCUCUCCCUCUCCCUGCUCCGAGGCUUCGGACGGCCAACCCUGCGACAGACGGCGAGCAAGUACAUAAUUAGGGCGACGUACUCGACCGAGGCUCCCCCGCCCCCUCUCCUUUCCAAGCUCAAGGAUGAUCUGAAGACAGCCAUGAGGGCCAAGGAUGCCAACCGGCUCGCAGUCCUCCGAUCGAUACUCGCGGCCGCGCUCAACGCCAGCAAGACAGACAAGCCGAUCAGGACGGACGCGCAACUCGUCAGUCUGCUCCAGAAGUCGGCACUUAAGUCGCAGGAAGCUGCCGCCGAGGCGCGGCGGGCCGGCCGGGAAGACCUGGCCGAGAAGGAGGAAGCACAACAGCGAAUUCUGGAGGAGUACGCGGCCGGCAGCGGCGUGCGGGAACUUGGCGAGGCCGAGCUCAGGCAGCUUAUCGAGUCCACCAAGGCCAAUCUUCUCGCCGAGGGCGUGCAGGAGAAGGCAUUGUCGGGGCAAAUCAUCAAGAAGCUGUUUACGUUGGGCGGGCCGUUGGACGGUGUCGUGGUGGAGAAGAAAGAGGUUGUCAAGCUGGUUAUGGAGUCAUGCCAGGCCAAAUGAUGGAUGCCAUGGUCCAUUCGAGGUGUAUUGCUGGAAGCCUCUGUACUAUCCGCUGUAUGACUAACCACCUGUACCAUACGCCGAAUGAUAUUAGUGUAUAUACAUCCGUACAUCUUCAUCUCUAUGGUCCUGCCUGCUCUGAUGAUGUUGAUGUUACUGGUGCAUCCAAGGUUCGG